UGUUGCAAAGGGGUGGUGGUUUUUAAAGGCGAAAUCAUGUCCGGUCGCGGCAAGCAGGGAGGUAAGGUGAGGGCUAAGGCUAAGUCCCGGUCUUCUCGCGCGGGGCUGCAGUUCCCGGUCGGCCGUGUGCACCGCCUGCUUCGCAAGGGUAAUUAUGCUGAGCGAGUGGGAGCCGGGGCCCCCGUCUACUUGGCUGCAGUGAUGGAGUACCUGACAGCUGAAAUCUUAGAGCUGGCCGGGAACGCAGCCCGCGACAACAAGAAAACUCGCAUCAUCCCCCGCCACCUCCAGCUGGCAGUCCGCAACGACGAGGAGCUGAACAAGCUGCUUGGGGGAGUCACUAUUGCUCAGGGGGGCGUCCUGCCCAACAUCCAGGCAGUGCUGCUGCCUAAGAAAACCGAGAGCCACAAAGCCAAGGGCAAGUGAGAUCUGCGGAAUUGGACCUAGACUUAGAGACAUUGCAAAUACCCAAAGGCUCUUCUAAGAGCCACCCACUCACUUCACUGAAAGAGCUGUGGAUCUGUGCUCUGCUUGUUAGGUGGGGGGUGCUGGGUCCUUAACUUAGUGCUUUUGGGUGUAAUUUUAUUUCUCAGAGAAAGCUCAGAAAGAUUUUUUUUAAGGUGCUUUCCCUAUUACCCUUUGUCUUUAAUGACACCUAUUACCCUAGGCUGCCAUGCCAUGGCAAGAUCACCCCUCCCAGUGCAGAGGACAUAUAGCACCAGCCCCCUUUAUGCAGCACUGUGUCAGAGGGGUUAAACAGGCCAAUCUGCUGCUUUGCAUUCACCAAAAAAGCUAUUGUCACUGGAGCCAGCCCUUCCUGAGCAUGCGCUGGAAGCAGCUUUGGGGCCUUCAGCCUUUCCCCAUGUCUCUGGGCAGCUGGUUUUCAUUAAAGGGCAGGACCCAGGUUUCCUGCACUCAGAUGGGUUGCGGACAAAGUGACCCUUCUCGAGCAACCAUGUCCUGAUUGCCUGUUCAGCAACUGAGAUGUUCUGGUGCCAAGGUGCAGCAAAGAGGGACCUGCUUUCUCAAGGAGUCACCUCUGCAGCCGCUUGGCCAGAUCUUUUACUAAAUGGGCAGUUACUGGAAAAAUUUCUAUCCGCUCUCAUGGCACCUUUCUGAUGCCCACAAAUUCUCCAAUAAAGCCAGCUUUCAUCACCUACUGAGUAAAAAUAGGUUUGUACUUUUCCUGUGUUGUUCCCCUCCUCUUCACCUCCCUUCCUGUCCACCACAGACUUCGGGUAAAAUUUUAGGUAAAUAUCUAUGCAGGCAUUUCAGAUCCUGUUCCUUAAUAUCCCACCCUAAAAAAUAAGAUGUGCUAAGUACAUGUCAGGGAAUUAUACAAAGAAUAGUUCAAAAUUAUGCACAGAAAAACUCAAAAUUGUGCAAAAUUAAUUACUUUUAAAAAAUAAACUAAA